GCGGCCAGUCCGUCGCUGUCUCUCGCGUGCUGUUGUUCUCCGGGUUUCGUGCGCCGGUUUCGUGAAUCGUUUGCCGGCCCGUCGGCGUUCUGCAUUCGUGAGGGCUGCUUAUCGUUGUUGUGUUUGUUGUUUUUCCUUCAUUCUUCCUUGUGCGUGCGUUCUUCUCUGCCUUGCGGAUCUUCACCCGCAUCGCGUACUGUUGCCGGUGCGUGUGCUUAGCUGUUUUGUGUAUGUGUGUGUUUGUAUCAAGUGGCCAUACUGUUGCUGGUGUGUGACACAAAUUUAUCAUCUCGAUCCUUCUUUAUCGAAAUAUUUCUGGUUGUUUGUACCGAUUUCCGUAACACAGCAAGUGAUUCCCUUGUGCGUUCUUUCUCUACAGUCAACGAUCAGUUCUUUAUCACGCGCUUUAGCUUUAUAAGCACUUACUCUAGUGUAUUAAAACUGCCUCGUUCGUUAACUACCUCGAAGCGGUAGUGAGACAGCAGCGGACAGUGAGAAAGUGUCUUUCAACUAUCAGGAUCAGAAACUGGCGUAGAAAAGAAAAGGUGCAACUGCAUUAUCAUAUUUGCCACGUUGUUUUUCGUGCCAGAUUGAUAACCGGUGUAUAAGAAUCUGCCAAUCCUUCGGGAGAAGAAUCGGCGGGGGUAUCAGGGUCACCGGUGUGACAGCGACGAGACGAUUGAGCGACGACGCACACUAUGACGCGCGGUGUGCUUCGGCUGUGCUGCCAGCAGGGAGAUGCACUGCUGCAAUUGACGAAACCGCUGCAUCCACUGCGAUUGUUUUCAGGUAGUGUGAAGCUGCUGCAGAAAGAUGGCAAACCGGCAACGGCGGUUAAGGGCAUUCCCUACAAGAAUCUGGUAAUUGGUGUACCGAAGGAAAGGUGGACCAACGAAAAGCGAGUUUCAGUUACUCCAGUUGUCGCUGGGACGCUCGUCAAGAAAGGUUUCAAAGUGCAGGUCGAAAGCGGUGCCGGAGUUAAUGCAAAAUUCCGCGAUGCCGACUACGAAGCCGCCGGCGCUAGCAUCGUGGACAGUCGACGAGCAUUUGAAACUGAUAUUGUGCUGAAGGUACGGCAACCGAUAGAGCCUGAAAUUCCUCAGCUUAGAGAUGCAUCAACGUUGGUGUCCUUCCUGUACCCAACCCAAAACAAGGAACUGAUCGAUAAACUGGCCCAAAGAAAGAUUAACGCUUUUGCCAUGGACGCCAUCCCGCGUAUUUCCCGCGCACAAGUAUUCGACGCCCUUUCGUCGAUGGCCAACAUUUCGGGCUAUCGCGCAGUCAUUGAAGCGGCCAAUCAUUUUCCUCGAUUCUUCACCGGUCAGAUAACAGCUGCCGGUAAGGUACCGCCCGCGAAGAUUUUGGUUAUUGGCGGUGGUGUGGCGGGAUUGGCCGCAAUUGGGCAGGCUCGUGGUAUGGGUGCGAUCGUGCGUGCGUUUGAUACGCGCCCGGUCGUGAAGGAACAGGUGGAAAGUAUGGGUGCGGAAUUCUUGACGAUCAACAUCAGUGAAGAUGGUUCGACGGCCGGUGGAUACAGCAAGGAAAUGAGCAAGGAGUUUAUCGAAGCGGAAAUGUCGCUGUUUUCGAAGCAGUGCAAGGAGGUGGAUGUGAUCAUAACCACUGCGCUCAUCCCCGGCAAGAAGGCACCAUUGCUCAUCACUGAGGAAAUGGUGAAAUCUAUGAAGCCAGGUAGUGUGAUCGUGGAUCUUGCGGCAGAGGCUGGUGGAAAUGUGCAGACAACCGUUCCGGGUGAGAUUAAAGUAGUGCAUGAUGUGGUACAUGUUGGUCUCACUGACUUCCCAAGUCGAUUGCCGACCCAGAGCUCGACACUGUACGCGAACAACAUCUCCAAGUUCUUGCUUUCGAUGGGCGAGAAGGAUCACUUCCACAUCAAUCUCGAGGACGAAGUCGUACGUGGUAGUAUCGUGCUACAAGGAGGCAAUCUGAUGUGGCCACCACCCGUAAUAGCUGUCUCGGCAAAACCACCACCGUCUGUAGCCGCCGCUCCAGCUGCAGGUGCUGCGAUUAAGGCAGAAGCCCCACCAGCCGAUCCCUUCAAGGAGACGCUCCGUAGCAGUUUAAUGUACUCAGGUGGGCUUGGAACGCUGCUUGGUCUCGGUGCGAUCGCACCGAAUGCCGCUUUCACCACCAUGAUGACGACGUUUGCGAUGUCCGGCAUCGUGGGGUACCACACUGUGUGGGGUGUUACACCGGCCCUGCACUCACCCCUCAUGUCCGUCACGAAUGCCAUCUCGGGUAUUACGGCCGUGGGUGGAUUGCUCCUGAUGGGCGGUGGUGUGAUGCCCUCGAACACGAUCGAAACGUUGGCUGCUAGUGCGGCACUCAUCUCGUUCGUCAACAUCUUCGGUGGGUUCCUGGUGACGCAGCGUAUGUUGGACAUGUUCAAGCGGCCAACGGAUCCUCCAGAGCACAACUACUUGUAUGGUAUUCCGGCAGCCCUGUUCCUGGGUGGUUACGGUGUCGGUGCACUGCAGAACCUGCCCGAAAUCCAUCAGAUGGCGUAUCUUGCGUCGAGUCUUUGCUGUAUCGGUGCGCUUGUCGGACUGUCCUCACAGAAGACAUCCCGGCUGGGUAAUGCACUGGGUAUGAUGGGUGUUACUGGAGGCAUCGCGGCCACCCUGGGAUAUAUGGCCCCGAGCACGGAGGUGUUGAUGCAGAUGGGCGGUGUGGCUGGGUUGGGUGGACUGAUCGGUUCCAUCAUUGCCAAACGCAUCCAGAUUACGGAUCUUCCACAGCUGGUGGCCGCCUUCCACAGUCUCGUCGGUGCCGCGGCUGUACUUACCUGUGUGGCUACGUACAUGCACGAUUUUCCCACGCUAGCGACUGAUCCGGCGGCCAACGUGCUCAAGACGGCACUAUUCCUGGGUACUUACAUUGGAGGUGUCACGUUUAGCGGGUCGCUCGUUGCCUAUGGUAAACUGCAGGGCGUCCUGAAUUCGGCUCCCCUGCUGCUGCCCGGCCGUCACCUGAUCAACGGAGGAUUGCUGGCGGGUAAUCUGGCCGCCAUGGGUGCAUUCUAUCUCGAACCAUCGAUGGCUGGUGGAUUGGGAUUGCUGGGAGCUACUGCAGCCAUGUCCACGGCGAUGGGAGUCACCUUGACUGCGGCAAUCGGUGGUGCAGACAUGCCUGUAGUGAUUACGGUACUGAACUCCUAUUCCGGCUGGGCCCUAUGCGCCGAAGGUUUCAUGCUCAACAACAACCUUAUGACGAUUGUGGGAGCUCUCAUUGGAUCUUCCGGUGCUAUCCUUUCCUACAUCAUGUGCAAAGCAAUGAACCGUUCGCUACCGAACGUUAUUCUCGGUGGAUACGGCACUACCUCUACUGGCGGUGGCAAACCGGCCGAAAUCGUCGGCACCCAUACGGAGGUCAACGUGGACGGGGUAGUCGACAUGAUCAAGAAUUCCAAAAACAUCAUCAUUACCCCGGGAUACGGCUUGUGUGUGGCCAAGGCACAGUAUCCGAUCGCUGAGAUGGUAAAUUUGCUUAAGGCCCGUGGGAAGAAGGUACGCUUCGGUAUUCAUCCAGUUGCCGGACGCAUGCCGGGACAAUUGAACGUGUUGCUGGCGGAAGCCGGUGUACCAUACGACGAUGUGCUUGAGAUGGAGGAGAUCAACGACGACUUUGACGAGACUGACUUAGUGCUGGUGAUUGGUGCGAACGACACAGUGAACAGCGCGGCCGAAGAUGACCCUAACUCGAUCAUUGCCGGUAUGCCGGUGUUGCGCGUGUGGAAGGCCGAUCAGGUUGUUGUAAUGAAACGUUCGCUCGGUGUCGGAUACGCCGCUGUGGACAAUCCAAUCUUCUACAAACCAAACACAUCGAUGUUGCUCGGUGAUGCGAAGAAGACGUGUGAUGCUCUGCUAGGAAAGAUUAAGGAAGAGAAUUAGAAAUGUUAAAGGAUACUGGAUAUGGAAUUGGGUAUAUAACGGACUGGACACCGGCUGCCAUGAAGCAGCGCAAAGCAUUUAAUUAAGUAAUGUAUGUAAGAAUACAAUGCGAAAAACUAACGUGGCCAUACAUGUUAAUAUUUUACGGUUAAAGUAAUGUGUAAAAUAAAAUCUUCUAUGCUGUACA